UCCCUUAAUUAGCGCGGUCGACUAUAUUGUCCUUUCUCAAGAACCGUACUACCUGGAAUAUGUCAUCAUUCUGCGACUCCUCACAUGUUCACAACCAUGUUCACAACAUCGCAGAAUAGCUGUGUUGCAGCAGGGAGUCAGAGGCGGUUUAUAGAGGCUCUUUGGUGAAGUGCACGACGGGACCAGCUUUUUGAUAAGUUUUCCGGUCCUUCAUUCUUAAAGAACAGCUUUUCCUUUCCUUAUCUUCCUCCGUCAGACAUGAGUGACAGCAGCGACGACGACGUCCCGGCGCUGUCGGCUCACACUCUGGCCGCCCUGCAGGAGUUUUACAAUGAGACCAGCGAACACAGCACUACACCAUCAGACCAGUUUGCUGUGGGAGCAGUGGAGGAAGACUGGCGGAUGAGUCAGUUCUGGUACAAUGACGAGACAGCAGCUCAGUUAGCUGAGGAGGUCGUACGUGAAGCUGGAGAGGGAGGCAGGAUAGCGUGUGUGAGCGCGCCCAGUGUGUACCAGAAGUUGAAACAGGGUGUGGUUGAAGGCUCGGACCGGGUGUCUGCCGUCGUGUUGGAGUACGACCGCCGCUUCGCCAUCUACGGCGAUGACUUCAUCUUCUACGACUACAAAGAGCCGCUGUCUCUUGUGGCCAAUGUGGCUCCUCAGAGCUUCGACGUCGUCUUGGCCGACCCGCCGUACCUGUCAGAGGAGUGUCUGAGCAAAGUGGCCGAAACCAUCAAGUACCUGACCAAAGGCAAAGUGCUGCUGUGUACAGGAGCGAUCAUGGAGAAACUCGCCAAAGACCUUCUGGAUGUAAAAAUGUGCAGCUUCCUGCCAAAACACAACAGAAGCUUGAACAAUGAGUUCCGCUGUUUUGUCAACUACCCGUCUUGUCUGCUGUCCUGAACUUCCGGAGGUCUGAUGAACACUUUGACUGUUGCCCGAUAGAGAGAGGACAUCACGCCGAUAUUUUCCAGCACAGUUCUAUUAGUUCUGUGGUCCUCUACUAGUAAAGAAUGAAGGGAUGGGUUAACAAUGCAAUGAAGUUGGACAUUUUCAUAGUUUGUUUUGGUUAACAAUUAAUCAGGCUUGUGAAACAAAUUCUCAUGAGUCAAAAACCGUUGUGGAUUACACUGAGAGCAAUGCUCUCUUUUGCAGGAACGUGGUGAUCUCAUUCACACCUGGAAGCUGCCACAGUCAAAUCUGCUGGCCAUAGAGCAGCUCUACUGGAGUGGUAGGGGUUAAGGGCCUUGCUCAACGGCACCUCAAGGGUGGUAAUGAAAGAGGGGAAAACACUGUUUCACUUUCCCCACCUAGAUUUAUCCUGGCAGCAACAUUCCAUUCAGACACUAGCUGUUCUAACUCUUAGGCCACCACUCCCCAUGCACAUAGGCUUGUUAACCCAUGGAAAAUUGAUUGACAUUAAUCAUGGUAAAUAGUUUGUCAGUAAUCUAUCAAAGAACAUUAAACAUUUUUGCAAAUC